GUCUCCUCUCUCACAGUUACUGGAGCCAAUCUGUGAGCAGGAUGCCCCAGAGUAUUUGUGGUACCUGGGAUAUGAUCAGUAAUGCCAACUUUGAUGGGUACAUGAUUGCACUGGGGGUCGGGGCCGUCAUGCGGAAGUUGGUUUUGCCUCUGAAACACAGGAAGGUGGUGGAGCAGACGGGGGACGUGUUCGUGGUGAAGACCAUCACCUCUUUCAGAAAUUACACCACCUCCUUCAGGCUGGACAAAGAGUUUCCGGAGUUUACUAGCGGUCUGGAUGGCAGACACUGCAAGUCACUGGUGUCCUGGGAGGGAAGCAGGCUGGUGUGCGUGCAGCAGGGGGAGAAGAAGGGUCGCGGCUGGACACACUGGAUAGAGGACGACAAACUUCACCUGGAGUUGUACUGUGAAGGACAAGUCUGCAAGCAAGUUUUCAAAAAGAAUGUUUGAAGGCAAGGAGACGGCUGUCGUUUCGUAUUGAGGAUUGAGAACGACUCCACACUUUGAAGUGAUGCACAGGAAGGAUGAAAGGAGUAGAGUAGAGCAGUGUCGUGUUCUUCACGCGCUGCUCAACAACUUAUGAGUUCAAGGACGUAAUAUUGUGUGGCAUGCAUGGGUACAUUCUUCCGCGACAAUCCAAGGCCCUGCGUGCCGGGAUCAGAUCGUCGAACGUUUGAAUUGCAUGUAAUGAACUGUAUGCACCACUAGAGGGCACUCU